AUGGAUCAAUUUACGAAAAAGGUAUUAGAAGAGCUAAAGGCGCGGGCUUCUAGCAGAGGUGAGGAAAUCACAUUUACUGCCAAUCAGUUGCAUAGCAAGUUUAAGAAAUGUGUUGGCUUCUGUAAGCAGGCAGCUCUCACACAAAGAACCGCCACAGGAAUCAAGAGGUUCCAAGAGGACCAUGGUUUCGGGAAGUGGUUUCAUGCUCUCUUUGAAGUUGUCAAGACAAGAGACUCCUGCCAGCCAGAACGGGCACUGGAGCCAUCCUCGUCAAACUCAGGGAGGACAACCCCAAGUAGUGAGGGGCUUGAAGGGGAAGAAAAAGACCCAUUGUUUGUUCCUGUUAAAAAUGUUAGAAAAAAGCAAACAACAAAAGAGAAGCUGGAUGCCACAACACUUGAAGCCAUGAACCUUGUCAGAUCAACCAUCGAAAAUGACCCAACCAAAGAACUAAUCAGUUUUAUGAGGGAAGAAAUGGAGAAAUCCAGAGAACAUGAAUUUAAAUUACUUCAAUUAAUGUUAUCCCAAAGG